AUGACGGGAGCAUUCAGUGAGUGGGAGGGGUUCAACUUGAGAGGAAGAGGCUAAGAGGAUCAGGCGCAUGCCACGCCGAUAGAUAAUGGAGGGUGGUAUACGUAUCCGAGGUGCGUGUGUGAAGAUUGUAUAUGCUGCCCAGAGAGACCGGACACACGGUAACUCCAGCUGCAGAGACGGAACCAACGGAGAGUGUGAGAGAGAGAUGCUACCCAGAGAGAGGGAGAAAGAGAUCGAGAGAUCUCGCGAGAAUGGACGCCGCCCGUCCCGGCCGGCGUGAAUGUCUAUUGCUCACCGCCGUGGACGCGAGUCGAAUCCCAAGGACAAGGCUGCGCUUGCGCGGCGCUACCUGUUCCCUUCCCUAGUUUUGUUGCUCAGACCUUUACCGAAUUGUCGUAUCGCCAAAGGCAUUACAUUAGCUACACCCAAGAGAAAGCGAAACUGGACAGAACAAGAAAGGAAGUCGUCAUUCCAAUUCCAACUCGUCGGCGGUCAGAUGUGCCGUCUGAAAUCAUGCUGCGGAUGGUCGUGCGUGGCCCUUCUUCCCCUCCGGGAGGAACAGCAACGAAGGAAAGAAUGCCGAAUGUGUGUAUCUUAGAUCCGAAUUGUGCUGGACGGGAGACGAGGCGAGACUAGCGUUCCUAAAACGGGGUGAAUGUUUUUGUGGUUGUUUGGUGGUUUCUUCGUGGAUUUGGAAGACAUUGUAAUUGCCCACCUCGAAAAAACGAAGCACACGAUGGAGCAAAUCACCAAAUUUAGGUCACGGCCAAAAAGAGAGUUCCGGGGACGGGGACGGAAACGAAAGAGAAGAAAGAAGAGAAUUGACCAGGCUGACAGCCGAUUGAGGAAGAUGAACAGGGGACAGGGGGGCAAGCAAGGCGGUGUUGGUCAGCCUGUGACUCCUGUGAGCCCUUGGGUAGCUGCUUUUCCAGGUUCACCUGGUCAAG